AUGUCUUUUGCAUCAUUAUUCAAGGGAAAGAGGGAUGAAGUCGUAGGUGAAUUAUUCAGUGCUGAUGCCAAACCCAUUGAAAGGAAGUUCAGUAAAUCAGUAAGACCAUCAACCAAUAAAGUUGAAGAAGAAAUUGAGGAUACUGAAGACGAAAGCGAAAGUGAAGUAGAAGAGAAAGUCAUAAAGAAACAAAAGAAACAAGAUGAAAAUUAUGAUCUUGAAGCUAGAUACUUCAAGAAAUUAUUAGACGAAGAUAAAGAAGAGAAGGAAACUCCUGUUGAAAGCAAAGAAGAUGAACAAGUUCAAGAAGACGAUUCAAGUGAUUCAAGUGAUAGCGAAGACGAAGCCCCUAAAGAAAAAAAGAGGGAAAAGAAAGCUGAAACUAUUGAUUUGAAACAAGAAGAACUUUCCAAAGCUGAAAAGACUGUUUUCGUUGGAAAUGUCCCUGUCACUGUAGUUACUUCUAAAGCUAUCUAUAAGAAAUUUAAAAAUCAUUUCUCAAAGAUAGGUAAGAUACUGUCAAUUAGAUUUAGAUCCAUUUCUUUCAAUGAAACUUUGCCAAGAAAGAUUGCAUUUGCACAAAAGAAAUUCCAUAAUCAAAGAGAAACAUUAAAUGCUUAUGUUGUUUAUGAAACCAAAGAAUCAUCAUCAAAAGCUAGUGAUUUUUAUAACGGGAAAUUAUUCGAAAAUUUUCACUUAAGAGUUGACCAUAUCAAUCACCCAUCAGCCAAGGAUAACAAAAGAACUAUUUUUGUGGGUAAUUUGCAUUUCGAAGAAAUGGAAGAAAACUUAUGGAAAUAUUUCAACAAACAUUGUGAUAACGAUGUUGAAUCAGUAAGAAUCGUUAGAGAUUCUAAAACCAAUAUUGGUAAAGGUUUUGCUUUGAUUCAAUUCAAAGAUACUUUAUCUGUCAACAAGGCAUUAUUAUUAAACAAUAAAUCUAUUGAAGAAAAUUCAAGAAAGUUAAGAAUUUCAAGAGCUAAAGCUAACAGUAAACCUUCAAUUUUAUCACCAAACCACAUCGAUAACCAACCAAAGAAUAACAAGAAGAAUAGAUUAAUGACUAAAUUGAACGAUAAAGAAAAAACUGUUGUAGGAAGAUCAAAAAUUUUAGGUAAAGCUGAUCAAGCUACUAUUGGAUCAAAAGUCAUCAUGGAAGGGGAAAGAGCUAGAAAGGGUGCAAAAAUUGGUAAGAAACCAAGACAUGCUAAAAACAGAAAACCAAGAAUAAGAGAAAGAACUCAAAAAUUCAAACAACAACAGAAUGGAGCCAAAGGUGAAAGUAAACCAACUAAAUAA